GACGGAUAAAAGAAAUGUGCUUUCACGAAAUUUGAUUGACACCUUCGCCCUCGUUUGUUUUAAUUAAUAACAAACAACUACAAGAAAGACUGAAAUAUGGCAACAUGGAAUUACGUUUCUUGCAUCUUUUGCCAUCGGUCAACCGUUGUGAGGAGGAUAGCGGCGGUCAGGUGCUUGAGUGCAGUCGCAAACCCUCAGUCCCAAGCAGAUUUCCUCAAUAAAGAGCCACACAAACGACAUCCAGGGGUGACGCACCUCAAAACGCUGCGCCUACCCGAUGAACUCCUGAUGGCCGCCCGCUCUAUCAUUGAAAGGUCUCAGGUGAUCCAGCUUCCCGAACGUGCUCGCAAGCUAACUAACUUCCUGUGGAGCAGGAAGCGAGCUGCAGAGGAUUCAACAGUGAGGAAGAAGGCCGUAAGUCUGGAGAAGGAACUCUGGAAGAAGGCCAUGGAGAAAGGAGGAGACUUAGAUGAGCAAGCGGUGGCUGACCGCAUCAAGAGGGACGUUUUGUCGGAGCUUCGGCGGACAUUUUAUCACUGGACUCCUUUGAAGUAUGACGAGGAACUCGGCAUGGUCUACAUGGUGGCCAAGCUGGCCGGAGGCUACGCUGCAGUGAAGAGGGCUCUCAACGAGAUAAAGAAACGCGAUCCCACCUUUGCUCCUCGGUCCCUCCUGGAUUUUGGGUCCGGGCUAGGAACGGUGGCCUGGGCGUCUCAUGCUUUCUGGUCCGCCACUUUGAAUGAGUUGGUGUGUGUGGACAUCUCAGGGUCCAUGAACAUUUUGGCAGAACGGCUUCUUAAAGGUGAUGAUGAACACAAUGAAGCUCACAUCAAGCAUGUUUACUUCAGGCAGUUCCUCCCCAUAUCUCCCAAGGUGCAGUUUGACUUGGUGGCGUCGGCCUUCACGUUGUCAGAAAUUCCCGGCGCGAAGGAGCGUGAAGAGGCGGUAAUCACGUUGUGGAGGAAGACCGCCUCCUACUUGUUAUUGGUGGAAAACGGAACCAAAGAGGGCCAUCAAAUACUAAUGGAUGCCCGAGACUCUAUACUACAGAACAAAGACGAAAUCGUCCACGACACCAGACCAGCUUCUGUGUUUGCGCCGUGUCCUCAUGAAGCCAGCUGUCCCAAACUUGCACUGCCGUCCAUCAUGCCUUGCAACUUCCAGCAGGUGUACAUGCCACUAUACGGCCGCAACAGUCUUACGGAGAGGUUCAGCUAUCUGAUUAUGACCCGAGAGCGGCACCACCCCCAAUCGGAAGGUGCUGUCGUGGACUGGUCCAGACUGAUAGCGCCCCCAAAAGCCAGGACGAGGCACGUGCACUGCCAUUUGUGUCGUCCAGAUGGACAACUGGAGCACGUGGUGGUGACUGCCAGCAAACACGGACGAGAUGUGUACCGCUGCGCCCGUAACAGUGAAUGGGGUGACAGGCUUCCUCUUGUUCCGGACGACGACAACCAAACUGAAGACGACAAGAAUGGGGAACCGACGAAAUGCUAACAUGCUUGUAAAAACAUUGAGGUACAAGUUGUGAAUAAAAUUACCAUUGCUUUA